AUGGAGAGAUCUGUGUCUGAGCAUCAUUUUCAAGCAAGAACACAGUCUGCUUAUCUUCCUUUCCACAACAGUACUGAAACCGCUGGUGUUACGAGCGACAAUAGUUCUACGUUUUACAUCAUCGAUGCCUCAAGGAAAUACCAUACAUGUGAUCGUCUGGAUAUCAUCAUCGAAGCCAGAGACAGUAAGAAACAAUUAAAAGUAAAUGGAGGGGAUUAUAUCCGGGUCAGGAUCUACAAUAUUGACCUCAAAGCCGGUGCUUCUGCCGAUGGAGAAGUUUUUUAUCUUGGAGAUGGCAAGUACAAGGCGUCUUUCACAUUACGAUGGGUCGGAAAAACCUUCGUUCGUGCAAUUCUCGUCCAUCCAGCCGAGGCCGUGAAUGUAUUGAGACGAGCUCGCGAUACUUGCCCAACAAGAUAUGGCUACAAUGGACGAUUCACCGGGACGAUUGAAAAAAAAUGUGUCGUAGAAGACACACUGUGCAAUGUAAUUCCUCCCGUACCCAAUGCAACCAUAUGUGAUUUAACGAGACAUGCGAUAGCAGAGCCGUGGUUCUGUACAGCGCCAACCAAGACCAAUUUGACUUGUUCAGACUUUGCUUGGACUUGUGGCGACACAAAAUACUCAGCGGCUCUUUUCAAACCUGCUAUGACAAAACAGGAGGAGACAUUGUUUGGAGGGCAAAAGCAACCUAUACCCGUGCGAGGAGUCAACUUUGUGACAGUGACUCAACGAGACAAAAACAUAUCGAGUCCAGCUCAUUGCUUUAACGAGAGGUUACCUCCGUGCGCCGUAGAUUCCCACAGUCUUUCUAACCCCAUGGCAGCGGGCUACUUCUUUAAAGGGCACUGGUAUUCCAACUACUGCCGUCUUCGUAGCUUUGUAAUCCCUAGCAGUUCCUUAGAAUGCCUCACCAAUAAAACCCUGUAUUUCCACGGGGACUCCACCUCGAGACAGUAUUACGAAUACAUCGUGAAGACUCUAAAGAGUACCCUCAAACCAAAUCCACCAACCUUGCAAUCUAAUUGGAAGGUUGGCCCUUCUAUGGCCGAAGACAAAGUAAACAACUUUACGGUUCACUAUCGCCAUCACGGAUACCCGAUCCGGAAUAACUGGACGGAUGCAUCCGAAGUGAAGUACAUUGAGGAAGCUCUUGAUGAGUUAAAGGCGACACCAAAUACAGUCUUCAUGUUUACAAUUUGGGCGCAUCUAACCACCUUAAACAUGAGUUUCUAUGAGCAUCGAGUGAGGAGGAUAAAGGCCGCGGUGGAAAGAUUGCAUCGCCGAAGUCCCGAGACGCUUGUCGUCAUCAAAAGCGCGAAUACCCGCGGGCACGGGGGCGCGGGAUCGUCGGUAACGGUAAGCGAUUGGUACGCGCGAGAACUGGACAUGAAGCUUCGGGAAAUAUUCAAGAGCUACGAUAAGAAAAUUGGGUUCAUAGACCAGUGGUCGAUGGUGGUAGGAUUUUCGAAUGUGGAUGCCAUUCAUCCAGGCCAGGGAAUUAUAUAUAGUGGAAUGCGUAUAUUGCUGUCACACAUAUGUCCAGAGGCCUAGAUAGC